AUCCCUUCUUGUCUUUGUCACCUUUUUUUACAUAUCCAAUCCAAUGGAUCAUACCAUUUUCAACUGGAUUCUUUUUUUAUCAUAUCUCAUAGUUAAUUUAUAUAACAGACAGAAACAAUAUUCUUAUGUCUCUCAACCAUGGUAGUUCUGCUCUGAGAUUGAAAUAUAGCAGAAAAAGACAAUAAUGACAGUGAAAGAGAGAUGUGUUUUGGUGGGAAUUAGAAUUGAUAGGCAUGGCAGCAGACAGCUCCUCAACUGGGCUAUAGCCAAAGUUGCUCAACCUCGUGAUUAUGUUAUUGCAAUCCAUGUUGUUACCACUAUAGAUCAUGUUUCUGAAAGCAAGGCCUUGGUAGAUGAUUAUUUAGAGGUUUAUCAAGGGCUUUGCGAUGCAAAAAAGGUAAGUCUCUCGGGUCAUAUCUUGACAGGAACAACUUUUAGAAAUAUUCUCAUCAGAGAAGCAAAAAACCGUGCUGCUAUUGCUCUAGUGGUAGGGGGUGGAGCUUCCACGGCUAAAUAUUGCGCCAAACGACUACCAGGCAGCACUAAUGUUAUCGGUAUUCAGGGUGCAAGAAUUGUGUUCCAAAGGUGCACAGAUAAUAAACAACUAAUAGGUGGCAUUAUAGAGGAUCCUAGACCGAGUCUUAUCAGCACGGUGGUCCAGUCUGCAUCUGGCACAGACCACUCAGAGAAUGAGGAUGAGAAAUCGAAAAGCCAAGAAGGUAACAGAAAAUGGGAGGAAGAAACAUUUAAAGGAGAAAUGAAAGUGUCAUCAAGAUUAUCAACAUCACAGAAGCUUGGUUGGCCACUUCUCCGCAGGAUGCAUACAGAAAUUUCAAGGGACAUGUCUGUUGUACAAUGGGUAAUGAACUUACCGGAUCGCUCAACACACAAAUAUAAUAACAAUCGACACAGUUCAUCUCAAAUUGAGGGCCAGAGCUAUAAAAAUGUUAUUAGUUUCAGUAGCUGCAAGUGGUUUAUCUUUGAGGUUCUCAACUCUUGCACUUGUCAAUUCUCUUCAGAAAAUGUGAUUGGAAUUGGAGGGAGCAAUCGCGUGUACAGAGGAACCCUCCCCGAUGGGAAGCCGGUGGCAAUCAAAGUUAUGCAGUCAUCAAAAGAAGCUUUCAAAGAUUUUGCACUUGAAGUUGAAAUAAUGUCCUCGUUGAACCACCCACGCAUCGCUCCUCUGCUAGGGAUUUGCAUUAGAGAUGAGACUUUGAUAUCUGUUUAUGAUUAUUUCCCCCAAGGAACCUUAGACCAAAAUCUACGCGGUAAGAACAAGGAUGAAUCUAUGUUGACAUGGGAAGACAGAUUUAAGGUAGCUGUUGGGAUUGGUGAAGCACUGAAUUACCUGCACAAGCACAACCAAACCUCCAAGCCUAUUAUACAUAGAGACGUCAAGUCUUCCAACAUUCUUCUUUCUGAAGGGUUUGAGCCACAUUUAUCUGAUUUUGGACUUGCGAUGUGGGGACCAACAACUUCAUCUUUUGUGAUACAAGACGAUGUAGUUGGAACUUUUGGUUAUCUUGCACCUGAAUACUUCAUGUAUGGAAAGGUUAGUGACAAGAUAGAUGUUUAUGCCUUUGGUGUGGUGCUACUUGAACUUAUAUCAGGAAGGGAACCAAUUGACUCCGAAACUUGUGAAGGACACGAAAUCAGUUUGGUCACAUGGGCAAAACCAAUUUUAGAGAGUGGGGAUGUUAAAAGCUUAUUGGAUCCAAAGUUGCAAGGAAAAUUUGAUGUAGCACAAAUGCACAGAAUGGUUCUUGCAGCAUCUCUGUGCAUUACACGAGCUGCGCGACUUCGUCCUAAUAUGAAUCAGAUACUGAAGAUCUUAAACGGAUGUGAUGAGAAAGUCGAAAACAUGUUUAAAUCUGAGGAGAGUGAUCAUGAUCAUUCUGAAAAUCUUGAUGAUGAAGUCUAUCCAAAUUCAAGUGCAGAAUUGCACCUUAGCCUUGCAUUACUUGAUGUAGACAAUGAUACUGCAUCAUCGUAUAGUAGUAUCAGCAUUAAUGAAUAUUUGAAAGAACAUUGGAGCCGAUCAUCUAGUUUCAAUUAGCUUCUUCCAAUUUUUUGAUCCUAUCGUUUGUAAAUUCUACCCCUAUUAGCUUCAUAUAGUUAAAUAAAAAAUCUACCCCUAUAGUCCAUUAAGAAUGUUUGGAAGAUUUAGAGAGACAUUGUUUCCAUUUGAAGUUUCUUUUCAAUAUUAUAUAUACUAAUAAAGGUUUUACCUUUUUUUGUGGA